GGCGCGACGUGGCUCCUCUGCAAACUUCCAACAACACAGCCUAGGUCAUUCCCGAGCUUGCUUACCUAUUUCCAAUGCGCAUUAUAUAGCCGGUCUACACGGUCAUACAUUCCUAUUUACCCCCCAUGCGCACAACUCCGCUGUGUAAAGCAGCGCUCAUACUGCAACUAUGCUGGUCCACCGCCUCCCUGGCUGAUUCCCUACUCUCUGGCGGCCUACACCGCAGUCCGAUCGCGAGGGUGUUGGACGCCCAGCCCAUCCGAGAUGUAGAUUGCAAGAACUCUAACCCUACCGGCCCCAUCGACACAACGUACUGUGACUUCGAGACGGUAGAAAGCGUGAACGAGCAACUCUUUGACAACCUGCAUGAAUUGGUGGCGACGCCGUUCUUCAAGUACUUCCAGGCCGACCUAUAUCGCGAGUGCCCAUUCUGGUCCGACGACGGACUAUGCAGUGACCCGGGGUGCGCCAUCACAACUGUCGACGAGAGCGAAGUCCCUGAGAGAUGGCGCGCGACCUCGCUCAGCCGUCUGACCGGUCGAGUGGAUGAUCGACAUCAACUCCCAGGUUGCUACUACCGCGAUUCAGAUUUUUGCUUCCUCGAUGAUAACACCGAAGGCGAAUACUACGACCUCACGCUGAUUCCGGAACGCUACACCGGGUAUUCUGGUCCCUCAGCUGCUCGGGUAUGGAGGUCGAUCUAUGAAGAGAAUUGCUUCGGGCUAUCGGAAAUGGCUUUACACUCCGGCCCGAAUCCGGCCCCAGUGAGCUUGCCUCAGAGCAUGUCAGAGGCGUUCGGAGGCGAUACCCCGGCCCAGUGCCUAGAGAAAAGGGUCUACUACAAAGUCAUCUCGGGAUUGCAUGCGUCGAUAUCCACCCAUAUCUGUCAAGAAUACCUUAAUCAGACGACCGGAGAAUGGAGUCCCAACCUACAAUGUUUCAUCAACCGAAUCGGAGCACAUCCUGAGCGAUUGGAGUACAUUUACUUCAACACUGUUCUCUUAUUGCGUGCUAUGGCACGCAUAGGACCCUACCUCGAAGCCUUUGACUACUGCUCGACGGGGACGCACGAAGACGACGCCGAGACGCUUACGAAGCUCCGAGCUGUUGUGGGCAUUGCACAGCACGCAGGGCAAUUCGAUGAGACGGUGUUGUUCCGAGGGGAGAAUGCCAACGUUUUGAAAGAGGAAUUCAAGUCUCAUUUCCGCAACGUUACCCGGAUCAUGGAUUGCAUCGGAUGCGACAAAUGCCGACUCUGGGGCAAGAUUCAGACCACAGGAGUUGCCACUGCACUCAAAAUCCUGUUCGAGCUCGAUGAAAAGACGCUCGAUCCUAAAGUGAACAGCAAUCUGCUCUCGCGGUCAGAAGUAGUCGCGCUGGUCAACACGUUGCACCGCUUCAGCGAGAGUCUGUCUGCAGUCGAGGGCUUCAGAAAAAUGUGGCGGGCGACUAGUGCUGAGGAGAGCGAGAGGCUGAUCCUGCAAGCGGAAAAAGAUGGAGCAUCUCCUACCAGCCGACAACGCUCCCCUUCACCAUUUGCAGACGGCACCGCACCAGAAUUACCGCUGACGCGAUGGUUGCGGGUCUGCAAGCGAAGCACGGUCGAAUGUGUCGAGAUGCUGCUGGACAUGUGGAAGAGAGGUGUCAGUGCGCUUGCCGCGGUGUUCGCCACGUCAGGAAAAGACCGCGGACCGGCUGGAUUUGAGUUAUAGGGCGAAGGACGUAUUUAUGGCCAUAAAUGUAUAAGCAUCACAUCAUAAGACUGCCUAAUCCACCUUGCACAUACGCCAUCGGCUUCAUUGGAGGAUGCGGCGA